AUGGAAGAGCAUGACUACGAAGACCCUGGAUUCUUCAACAUUUCCAAUGACAGCAGCCAGGAGCAUAAACGCUUCCUGCAGUUCAGCAAGUUCUUUCUGCCUUGCAUAUACAUGGUGGUAUUCAUCUGUGGCCUGGUAGGGAACUCCCUGGUGCUGGUCAUAUACAUCUUCUACCAGAAGCUGAAGAGCCUGACAGAUGUGUUCCUGAUGAACCUGCCCCUGGCUGACCUGGUGUUUGUCUGCACUCUGCCCUUCUGGGCCUAUGCAGGCAUCCAUGAGUGGGUCUUUGGCAGGGUCAUGUGCAAGAUCCUACUGGGCAUCUAUACUAUGAACUUCUACACAUCUAUGCUCAUCCUCACCUGCAUCACUGUGGAUCGUUUCAUUGCAGUGGUUCAGGCCACCAAGGCCUACAACCAGCAGGCCAAGCGGAUGGCCUGGGGCAAGGUCAUCUGCUUCGUCAUCUGGAUGAUCUCCUUGCUGGUUUCCUUGCCACAGAUCAUCUAUGGCAAUGUCCUUUAUUUUGACAGGCUAAUCUGUAAUUACCACAAUGAGGAGAUUUCUACUGUGGUUCUAGCUACCCAGAUGACACUGGGGUUCUUCCUGCCACUGUUUGCCAUGAUUGUCUGCUACUCAGUCAUAAUCAAGACCCUGCUUCAUGCUCGAGGCUUCCAGAAGCACAAAUCUCUAAAGAUCAUCUUCCUGGUGGUGGCUGUGUUCCUGUUGACCCAGACACCCUUUAACCUCGUGAAGCUCAUCCGCAGCACAAGCUGGGAGUACGAUGCCAUGACCAGCUUUAAUUAUGCCAUCAUAGCGACAGAAGCUAUUGCCUACCUGCGGGCCUGCCUAAACCCUGUGCUCUAUGCCUUUGUUGGCCUGAAGUUUAGGAAGAACUUCUGGAAGCUUGUGAAGGAUGUGGGCUGCCUCCCUUACCUGGGGGUCUCAAAUCAAUGGAAGUCUUCUGAGGACAAUUCCAAGACUUGUUCUGCCUCCCACAAUGUGGAGGCCACAAGCAUGUUCCAGCUGUAG